AUGGUUGUCAAACAGUCUUCCGGAUCCAGCAAUGGCAACGGCCGAGCACAUGAGAACGGAGUCAAUGGCUCUGGUAAGACAGCUGGAGCAGUCCCGCCUCCUGAGACGGCAGAUUACGUUGGUUUUCGUCCCGUCUAUCCAGGCAGCAGAAUAGACCGCAAGGAGCUCGUCAAGUUGUCUCUGCAGACUCUGAGGGAGCUCGGUUAUGAAUCAUCAGCUCGAGCACUGGAGGCCGAAGCGGGCGUCGCAUCCGAGCAUCCUUCCAUCACAGCUUUCCGUAAUGCUGUCCUGCAGGGUGACUGGAAGAAUGCAGAGCGGUUCCUAUUGGAUGGACUCGCUUAUGCUGCUACCCGCAAGAUGGCGCCGAGAGGGAUGCCUGAGAUUGGCUCCAGUCCUCCGCUGACAGGCUUGGACUUGAAUGUUGUGUUACGAGACCCAAUCAAUCGGCCACUCGAUUCCAUCAAGUUCCUGAUCCAACAGCAACGGUACCUUGAGCUGCUAGAGACUGGCCAGACUAAGAAGGCUCUAUCGGUGUUGAGGGAGCGUCUCACUCCGCUCAAUCAUGGCUCUGAUCAACUGCAUCAGCUCUCUGGCUUAGUCAUGUGCAAUACACCCGAAGAGUUGAUGAUGAAAGCUGGGUGGGAUGGAUCUGGGCCAGAGUCGCGUAGGAAGCUGCUUCAGCAGAUCGAAUUGGCAGUCUCGCCGUCUGCAUUACUACCUAGCCGGAGACUGCCUCAAUUGCUCGAGCAAGCCCAGAUGCUGCAGAAGCAAUUGGACCCCUACUUCAACCUGCCCCUCGACUCGCAUCUGUCCCUCUACACAGAUCAUCAGUCCGAUACGUCCAUCUUUCCCACUCAAACCACCCACGUACUUCGUGGCCAUGAGGAUCAAGUUUGGGUCAUGGCUUUCUCGCACAAUGGUCGUUUCCUCGCUACAGGUGGCAAGGAUAAGAUGGUCAUUGUCUGGUCGGUCACCUCGGACCAAUGCGAGAAGGUGAAGGUUCUGGGGCCUCACUCUGCCGAGGUGACUUGCCUAGCCUGGUCGCCGGACGACCGAACUUUGCUCGCGUGCGCAGAUCGUGAGGUGUUUCAGUGGGAGUGGGAAAGUGAAGAGCAUGAGGUCUACAGGGAGCAUGACUACACGAUUUUCGCAGUGUGUUGGCUGCCGUCGGGCCUUGGCUUUGUCACUGGUGGUACCGACGCCAAAGUCAUCUUCUGGGAUCGGCACGGACGUAUCACUCACACAUGGGUGACGGCACCAUAUCGGCUGCUAGCUUUGGCCAUCACACCAGAUGGGCGUAAUCUCGUCGCGCUGAGCUGGAGGCCGUCCCAGUCCGCAAAGCUAGAAGACAUGUCAAGUAGUGACUCCCGCCGAGAUUCGUCUUCGGGCACAAGCUCCUCUGCCAACUCGUCGAGUCCCUCACCGUCGCCCAUCGGACGACGAGGGGUAUCAGAGGGAUCUCCUACGGAAGGCAGAAGCAAGAUGCAUUUCUGGAAUUUGCAGCGCAAGGAAGAGGUCGGCUCGACUCUGAUGGUAGAGGAGAUGAUCAGCGUCACAGUCAGUCAGGAUUCACGGUAUGCACUUGUCAACCAUCGUCCCAACGAGGCGCAGCUGUGGGAUAUCGAGGAACAAUAUCUUGUGGCUUCAUACCACGGUCAUAGGAUACAGAAAGACCUGGUCAGGGCUUGCUUUGGAGGCUCCACACAGAGUUUCAUUGCCAGUGGAAGUGAAGAUGGUUCCAUCUACAUCUAUCACCGCACAUCAGGAAAGCUCCUCGAGAGGCUCUCUGGCCACGGAGAGGGUACAGUGAACGCAGUGGCCUGGCAUCCCAAGCUUCCCUCCUUACUAGCCUCGUGCAGUGACGACGGUACAGUACGGAUCUGGCAACCAGAGCAGGCACUCACGGACAAGAACAAUCGACGCUCCAGCAGGCUCAACGUGCGCGAUAGCUGGGGUAGAAGCAAUGCGGAUCUGAUCGGCAACCUGAACAUGGCGGCCAAGCCAUCGGCGAGCGAGGGAAAAGAGGCGGCUUCGGCUGCUGGCUUGCUGCCAUUCCCUUGGUCGAUGAGCCCCGCGAGGCCGUCUUCGCCGGAUACCGACGGCGAAGGUCCAAGCGGCAGUGGGAGUCGGCUGCCGAUGAGCUUCUGA